AAUCUGCCUGACGACACCACUCAUUCGCGGCACAGUUAACCAUCACUACCCUGUUCCGAUCUCGGAUAUAACAUUCUCGAUCGAUGAGCAGAUCAUUUAGCUGUCAUUCACUACCUCUAAACUGCAAUGGACAAAACGCAGGGCCGUCACGAGAUCAUAUGGUGUUUUGUUUGCAAGUGAUUCGGCAGUGCAUUUCGGGGUCGCGAUCACUGUAGGCUUGCUUGCAUGUGCUCCGAUUUACUGGCAGUCUCUCAGCCUCUAUCACAAAGACUUCCCGUUUGUGCAUUUCUCAGCCUUCAAAUGACCAAUCAAGACUACCCAGGUAAUGUUGAUAGAUCAUCAGAACAUGUGUAUUUAUUACAAAAACGUACCUACACCUCGAUACCUAAGCAAUUGGACAUAAUGUUCCAGACGUCCCAGAUGUCCCAAAAUGGCUUUUGUCAAAAAUUAUCACUAAUAAAUUCCAACUUCGAACACGCGUCGCGUCCACCCACGUCACGCGUGUCGAAUUUAGCACAUCAAAUCUUUGUCAAUGCUCCAGAAUCGCCGGCCUCACUCGGCCAUAAGUGUCGGCAAACCACGCCCAUCAGCUCGUCACAAUGUUCGAGGCCCAGACACUCACUUAUUAAUACAACUUCACGCAUACUGCUGAGGAAUGCAGUGUCUGAAUCUGCCGAAACCUCGGUGAAGUGUCCGUGGUAGACCUUCUAACUAAACCCCACAGUAAUGACUUUCGGAAACGAAAAUGGCUGUUCGGCUAUGCAGA